AUGAGCAUAAAAAAGGGAGAAUCCGAAUAUAUCUGCAUCAAUUGCCAAAGUCCUUCUGAAUCGCUUUUUAUUGAAUAUUCUUCAGAAGUUAUUCGACUCACUGAAUGUGAAAAAUGUGGAAAAGUCGUCGAUAAAUACAUUGAAUGUGACAUGGUCUUGCUAUCGGUCGACCUCAUUUUACAAUAUAUUGAAGCAUAUCGACAUUUUCUCUGUAAUUUACAAAUUCAGAAGUCUUAUCGACUCUUCGUCAUUUUUCUUCUUAGUCAUGCUUACGAGACGUGGGUCUAUGAGCGAUCAAAACAGAACAUGGAAAAGAUUUACGAUCUCGAGCUGAUAUUUUACAAGAGCGUGUUAUCUUCGGUUUGUGAGCUCUCCGUCUUCGUUGCAUCGAUUAUCGCUUUUGACAUUGUCAAACGGCGGGGCUUCCCAUCUACUGAAAGAAUAAAAUCGCUCGGCUUCGCAACAUUAUUCGGAUUUUAUGGAUGCGUGGCUGUCGUUCUCUCCAUUAUUUUUCGAUUAUCUGAUCAGCCUGCCUAUCAAAUCGUAGUUCGCCUGUUUAUUUUGAUUUCCCAUCUUCAAGUACAACGAGUGAUGUUUCCAAACGUCAGUAUUGUGGAGAACACCAUAGUUAUCAUUAUAUCAAAACUGUUUUCAGUGACUGCUGGUUACAGGGUGCUAUAG